AUGAGACUAGCUCACGAACAGCAGCUGAGACGUCAGCAACAGAUGCGGAGAUCACCUCAGCAAAAGCUGCUGAGACCAUGUCAGCAACAGAAGCUGAGACCACCAUCAGAUGAGACCACCUCAGCAAUAGCUGCUGAGACCAGCACAACAACAGCAACUGAGAACAGCAGAUCAACAGCAGCUGAGACCACCACAGCAACAGCAGCAGGUGACACCACCUCAGCAAUAGCAGAAGCAACAGCGGCUGAGUCCACCACAGCAAAAGCGGCUGAGUCCACCUCAGCCACAGUAGCAGAGACCACCUCAGCAACAGCAGCUGAGACCACCGCCUCAUCCACAGCAGCAGAGACCACCUCAGCCACAGCAUCAGACGAGACCACCUCAGCAACUGCCGCUGAGACUAGCAGAUCAACAGCAGCUGAGACCACCGCACCAACAGCAGCUCAGACCAGCAUAUCAACAGCAGCUGAGACCACCACAGCAAAAGCAGCUGAGACCACCACUGCAACAGAAGCGGCAGACACCACCUCAUCCACAGCAGCAGAGACCACCUCAGCCACAGCAUCAGACGAGACCACCUCAGCAACUGCUGCGGAGACCAGCAGAUCAACAGCAGCUGAGACCACCUCACCAACAGCAGCUGAAACCAUGACAUCAACAGCAGCUGAGACCACCUCAGCAGCAGCUGCUGAGACCACCACACCAGCAGCAGCUCAGUCCACCACAGGAACAGCAGCUGAGACAACAACAGCAGCAGGCGACAUCACCUCAGUAACAGCAGCAACAGUGGCUAAGUCCACCACAGCAACAGCGGCUGAGUCCACCUCAGCCACAGUAGCAGAGACCACCUCAGCAACAGCAGCUGAGACCACCACAGCAACAGCAGCUGAGACCACCGCCUCAUCCACAGCAGCAGAGACCACCUCAGCCACAGCAUCAGACGAGACGACCUCAGCAACUGCUGCUGAGACCAGCAGAUCAACAGCAGCUGAGACCACCGCACCAACAGCAGCUCAGACCAGCAUAUCAACAGCAGCUGAGACCACCACUGCAACAGAAGCGGCAGACACCACCUCAUCCACAGCAGCAGAGACCACCUCAGCCACAGCAUCAGACGAGACCACCUCAGCAACUGCUGCUGAGACCAGCAGAUCAACAGCAGCUGAGACCACCACAGCAACAGCGGCUGAGACCACCUCAGCCACAGUAGCAGAGACCACCUCAGCAACAGCAGCUGAGACCACCUCAGCGACAGCUGCUAAGACCAGCACAGCAACAGAAGAUGAGACAACAACAGCAGCAGGCGACAUCACCUCAGUAACAGCAGCAGCUGAGACCAUGACAUCAACAGCAGGCGAGACCACCUCAGCAGCAGCAGCUGAGACCACCUCACCGACAGCAGCUGAGUCCACCACAGCAACAGAGGCUGAGUCCACCACAGCAACAGAGGCUGAGUCCACCACAGCAACAGCGGCUGAGUCCACCACAGUAACAGUGGCUGAGACCACCACAGCAACAGCGGCUGAGACAACCUCAGCAACAGCGGCUGAGACCACCUCAGCCACAGGAGCUGACACCACUGCACCAACAGCAGCUGAGACUAGCAUAUUAACAGCGGCUGACACCACCUCAGCAACAGCGGCUGAGACAACCACAGCAACAGCAGCAGGCGAGACCACUUCAGCAGCAGCACCAGGCGAGUCCAACUCAGCCACAGCAGCUGAGACCACGACAGCAACAGCAGCGGCAGACACCACCUCAGCCACAGCAGCAGAGACCACCUCAGCCACAGCAGCCGAGACCACUUCAGCCACAGCGGUAGAGAACACCUCAGCCACAGCGGUAGAGACAACCACAACAACAGCAGCUGAGACCACGUCAGCAACAGAAGCUGAGACAAUAACAGCAGCAGGCGAGACCACGUCACCAACAACAGCUGAGACCACAGCAGCAACAGAAGCUGAGACCACCACAGAAACAGCAGCUGAGACCACGUCAGCAACAGAAGCUGACACCAGCACAGCAACAGCUGCUGAGAACAGCACAGCAACAACAGCUGCGACCACCACAGCAACAGCAGCAGGUGACAUCACCUCAGCGACAGCAGCAGGCGAGCCCACCUCAGCGACAGCAGCAGGUGAGACCGCCUCAGCAGCAGCAGCAGGUGAGACCACCUCAGCAGCAGCAGCAGGUGAGACCACCUCAGCAGCAGGCGAGACCACCUCACCAACAGCAGCUGAGUCAACCACAGGAACAGCAGCUGAGACAACAACAGCAGCAGGCGACACAACCUCAGUAACAGCAGGCAAGACCACCACAGAAACAGAUGCGGAGACCACCACAGCAAUAGCGGCUGAGACCACCACAGCAAUAGCGGCUGAGACCACCUCAGCCACAGUAGCAGAGACCACCUCAGCCACAGCAGAUGAGACCACCUCACCAACAGCAGCUGAGACGUCAGCAAAAGCUGCUGAGACCAUGUCAGCAACAGCAGCUGUGACCACGUCAGCAACAGCUGCUGAGACCAGCACAGCAACAGCAACUAAGACCAGCACAUCAACAGCAGCUGAGAACACAUCAGCAUCAGAUGCUGAGACAACAACAGCAGCAGCAGCUGAGACUAGCAUAUCAACAGCGGCUGACACCACCUCAGCAACAGCGGCUGAGACAACCACAGCAACAGCAGCAGGCGAGACCACCUCAGCAGCAGCACCAGGCGAGUCCAGCUCAGCCACAGCAGCUGAGACCACUACAGCAACAGCAGCGGCAGACACCAGCUCAGCCACAGCAGCCGAAACCACCUCAGCCACAGCAGCCGAGACCACCUCAGCCACAGCGGUAGAGACAACCACAACAACAGCAGCUGAGACCACCACAGCAACAGCAACUGAGACCACCUCAGCAACAGCAUCGGACGAGACCACCUCAGCAACAGCAGCAGGCGAGACCACCUCAGCAACAGCGGCAGAGGCCACCUCAGCAACAGUGGCAGAGGCCACCUCAGCAACAGCGGCUGAGACCACCACAGCAACAGCAACUGAGACCACCUCAGCAACAGCAUCGGACGAGACCACCUCAGCAACAGCAUCAGACGAGACCACCUCAGCAACAGCAUCAGACGAGACCACCUCAGCAACAGCAGCUGAGUCCACGACAAGAACAGCAGCUGAGACAACAACAGCAGCAGGCGACACCAUCUCAGUAACAGCAGGCGAGACCACCACAGCAACAGAUGCUGAGACGACCACAGCAACAGAUGCUGAGUCCGCCACAGCAACAGCGGCUGAGUCCGCCACAGCAACAGCGGCUGAGUCCACCUCAGGAACAGAGGCUGAGUCCACCUCAGGAACAGAGGCUGAGUCCACCUCAGGAACAGAGCCUGAGACCUCCUCAGCCACAGUGGCAGAGACCACCUCAGCAACAGCAGCUGAGACAACGUCAGCAACAGCUGCUAAGACUACCACAGCAACAGAAACUGAGACAACAACAGCAGCAGCAACAGCAUCAGACGAGACCACUUCAGCAGCAGCUGCUGAGACCAGCACAGCAACAUCAACUGACACCACCACCUCAGCAACAGCAGAAGGUGAAACCACCUCAGCAACAGCAGCAGACGACAUCACCUCAGCAACAGCAGAAGGUGACACCACCUCAGCAGCAGCUGCUGAGAUCAGCAGAUCAACAGCAGCUGAGACCACCUCACCAACAGCAGCUGAGACCAUGACAACAACAGCAGCAACAGCAUCAGACGAGACCACCUCAGCAACAGCUGCUGAGACCACUUCGGCAACAGCAGCUGAGACCACCACCUCAGCAACAGCAGAGGGCGACACCACCUCAGCAACAGCAGAAGGUGACACCACCUCAGCAGCAGCUGCUGAGACCAGCAGAUCAACAGCAACUGAGACCACCUCACCAACAGCAGCUGAGACGACGACAGCAACAGCAGCUGACACGACUUCAGCAGCAGCAGGUGAGACCUCCUCGCCCACGGCGGCUGAGACCACCACAGCAACCGCAGCUGAGACCAGCACGGCAACCGCAGCAGAGACCAGCAUGGCAACAGAGGCUGAGACGACAACAGCAGCAGGUGAGACCAUCUCAGCAACAGUGGCAGAGACCACCUUAGCAACAGUGGCUGAGACCACCAGAGCAACAGCAUCAGACGAGACCACCUCACCAAUAGCAGCAGGCAAGACCACCUCAGCAGCAGCAGCAGGCGAGUCCACCUCAGCCACAGCAGCUGAGACCACCUCAGGAACAGCAGCUGAGACCACCUCAGCAACAGAAGAUGAGACUACAACAGCAACAGGCGAGACCACCUCAGCAACAGCGGCAGAGACCACCUCAGCAACAGAGGCUGAGACCACUUCAGCAACAGAGGCUGAGACCACCUCAGCAACAGCGCCAGAGACCACCUCAGCAACAGCGGCUGAGACCACCACAUCAACAGAUGCUGAGUCCACCACAGCAACUGCGGCUGAGACCACCUCAGGAACAGUGACUGAGAGCACCUCAGCCACAGUAGCAGAGACCACCUCAGCAACAGCGGCAGAAACCACCUCAGCAAAAGCUGCUGAGUCCACCAAAGGAACAGAGGCUGAGACGACAACAGCAGCAGGCGAGACCACCUCAGCAACAGUGGCAGAGACCACCUUAGCAACAGUGGCUGUGACCACCAGAGCAACAGCAUCAGAUGAGACCACCUCACCAAUAGCAGCAGGCGUGACCACCUCAGCAGCAGCAGCAGCAGCUGAGACAACAGCAGCAGCAGGUGAGACCACCUCAGCAACAGCUGCUGAGACCACCUCAGCCGCAGCAGCUGAGACCAGCACAGCAACAGCAGCCGAGACCAUGUCAGCAACAGAAGCUGAGGUGACAACAGCAUCAGAUGAGACCACCUCAGCAACAGCAGCUGAGACCACCUCAGCAACAGCAACUGAGACAACAACAGCGGCAGGCGACACCACCUCAGCAACAGCCGCAGCAGCAGGCGAGACCACCUCAGCAACAGCAGGCAAUACCAUCACAGCAACAGCAGCUGAGACCACCACAGCAACAGCGGCUGAGACCACCUCAGGAACAGCGGCUGACACCACCUCAGGGACAGCGGCUGACACCACCUCAGCUGCAGCAGAAGAGACCACCUCAGCCGUAGAAGCUGAGACGACCACAGCAACAGCAGCUGUGCCCACCACAGCGACAGCAGGUGAGACCACCUCAGCGACAGCAGGUGAGACCACCUCAGCGACAGCUGCUGAGACCACCUCAGCGACAGCAGCUGAGACCACGUCAGCGACAGCUGCUGAGACCACCUCAGCAACAGAAGAUGAGACUACAACAGCGGCAGGCGAGACCACCUCAGCAACAGCAGCAGAGACCACCUUAGAAACAGCGGCAGAGACCACCUCAGCAACAGCAGCUGAGUCCACCAUAGGAACAGCAGUUGAGACAACAACAGCAGAAGGCGAGACCACCUCAGCAACAGCAGGCAAGACCAUCACAGCAACAGCUACUGAGACCACCACAGCAACAGCUGCUGAGAGCACCACAGCAACAGCUACUGACACCACCUCAGGGACAGCAGCAGAGACCACCUCAGCCGCAGCAGAAGAGACCACCUCAGCUGCAGCAGCUGAGACGACCACAGCAACAGCAGCUGUGCCCACCACAGCAACAGCGGCUGAGACCACUACAGUAACAGCGGCUGAGACCACCUCAGCAAAAGCGGCUGAGACCACCUCAGCCACAGCUGCUGAGACCACCUCAAUAACAGCAGCUGAGAGCAGCACAGCAACAGCAGCUCAGACCACCUCAGUAACGGCAGCUGAGACCACCACCUCAGCCACAGCAGCUGAGACCACCUCCUCAGCCACAGCAGCUGAGACCACCUCAGCCACAGCAGCUGAGACCACCUCCUCAGCCACAGCAGCUGAGACCACCUCAGCCACAGCAGCUGAGAGCACCUCAGCUACAGCAGCUGAGACCACCACAGAAACAGUUGCUGAGACCACCUCAGCAACAGCAGCAGGCGAGACCACCUCAGCAACGGCCGCUGCGACUACCACAGCAACCGCUGCUGAUACCACCACAACAACUGCAGCUGAGACCACCUCAGCAACAGCAGGUGAGAACACCUCAGGAACACCUGCUGAGAUCACCUCAAUAACAGCAGCUGAGAGCAGCACAGUAACAGCAGCUCAGACCACCUCGGUAAUGGCAGCUGAGACCACCACCUCAGCCACAGCAGCUGAGACCACCACAGCAACGGCUGCUGAGACCACCUCAGCAACGGCGGCUGAGACCACGUCAGCAACGGCGGCUGAGACCACCGCUGCAACGGUAGCUGAGGCCACAGCGGCUGAGACCACCACCGCAACGGUAGCUGAGACCACCUCAGCCACAGCAGCUGAGACCACCUCAGCAACAGCAGCUGAGACCACCACAGAAACAGUUGCUGAGACCACCUCAGCAACGGUGGAUGAGACCACCUCAGCAACGGCCGCUGAGACCACCACAGCAAUAGCGGCUGAGACCAGCACAGCAACAGCGGCUGAGACCAGCACAGCAACAGCAGCAAGUGAGACUACCUCAGCAACAGCUGCUGAGACCACCUCAACAACAGCAGCUGAGAGCAGCACAGCAACAGCAGCUGAGACCACCUCGGUAACGGCAGCUGAGACCACCGCCGCAACGGUAGCUGAGGCCACAGUGGCUGAGACCACCACCGCAACGGUAGCUGAGACCACCUCAGCCACAGCAGCUGAGACUUCCUCAGCAACAGCAUUUGAGACCACCACAGAAAUAGUUGCUGAGACCACCUCAGCAACAGCAGCAGGCGAGACCACCUCAGCAACAGCAGCUGAGACCACCUCGGCAAUGGCGGAUGAGACCACCUCGGCAACGGCCGCUGAGACCACCAGUGCAACGGCUGGUGAGACCAGCACAGCAACGGCAGCUGAGACCAGCACAGCAACGGCGGCUGAGACCACCUCAGCAACAGCAGCAAGUGAGACUACCUCAGCAACAGCGGCUGAGAACACCUCAAGGGGACCAACCUCAUUAACAAUUGCCACAACAGCAAACGCAAUCCCAAGCACAUUCACUUCACCAAAUACAAUAGCUAUGACAAUGACAAGUCCCGUCACAUUCAGGAUUACCAGCAGUACCACACCUGGUACAACUACCAAAGUGACCCCACAAACCCCUAAAUCCACACCAAACACAACUACCAGAACUGCCACACCAGGCAGAAGUACCACAGUGACCUCAACUACCACAGCCAUCACAGCAACCACUACCACCAGACCAACCAGAGCCACCACACCAACCACAACCACCUCACCAACCAAAGUGACUCUGUCUACCAGAUCAAGCACCAUACUCAACACCAAAACUACCUCUGAUGCAUUCUGUGUACCCCUGAAGUUCAUUCGUAUAAACUUGAUCAGUGUUAAAAGUAAAGAGAUUUCAAUUUCCUGGGACACGUCAAUAAAUGCCAAGGUUCAUUAUGAGGUCACUUUCUUCAGAGCUGGGCUUCUACUGACCACUCUUGUGACAGAUAAGAAAAAGGCGGUCUUCAGAGAACUGAUACCUGAUGAGAAAUAUCAAAUUAUGGUAUUGGCGAGAACGUGCAAUCAGCAACACACCAUCCGAACAACAAUUAUAACACCUUCCAAUGUUUUGAAUGCGAAAACAAGAAUUACAAACAGGAAUUACGAACCAGCAUAUGGAGACAAGGAGAGUCGUGAAUUUAAAGAAUUCGUAACCAGUUUCAUUCAGGAUUUGCUAAGCAGACUAGAAACAAAAAUCAGAGAGCUAGUGAACCGUGGAAUAAUGAGAAUCAUCAUAAACAGCAUCUCACCAGGAAGUGUGAAUGUAAAUUUUACCAUUGUUUAUACAACAGAAGAGAAUAUCACUGUGCCUGAAGUUAAACAUGCAUUUUCCAGUUCUUUGGAGAGGAGCCAAAAGUUUGACAUAGAUAUUGAAAACACAACCAUAACAGAGAGAGACAGCUGCCAGCCAGGGCUGAACGACUGUUCAGCUAAUGGAAUUUGUAUCAAUCUGAAUGCGACCUACACCUGCCGAUGCAAUGCUGGGUUCACAGAUACAAGCCCCGCCACUCCGGGACGAGUGUGUGAAGAUGUGGACGAGUGUCAGGCGGGCAACAACACGUGCUCUGAUCUCGCUCUCUGUACGAACAACCCAGGCAAUUUCUCAUGCGGCUGUUUCCAGGGAAUUAUAGACGCCAAUCCAGCGAACCCAGGAACACAGUGCACAGAUCCUAAUGCAUGUUUUGUUAAUAAGAGAGAUAUCUGUGUUUUGUCUGCCUGCUUAAUGACUGAAGUAAAUGACUGCAAAGGUAAAAUAGCAUUCAGAAUGAAGGCAACACUGAGAUCCAAACAGUUCACCAACAAUCUGAAAAAUCCUGGAAGUGAGGCAUACAGGAAUUUAUCUGCCAACUUUAUAAAUACAGUUGUGCCAACUACACAAAUCAAGCUCAAUGACAGUAGUUUUAAUAUCAGCAUCAUUGGCUUUCAAAACGGAAGUGUGCAGGUAAACUUUCUGGCCGUUUUGAACAGCAACUCAACCGUCAAUUUCUCCACAUUGCAAAGUGCUGUUGGUGAUGCGAUCAGACAACUUGAUGGUAACAGUUCAGUCACCAUAACAGGUACAACACUCACUACCACUGAGGCUCCGAUCCAAUCACAGACUGUUCCCACAGUGCAGGCCAAACCUGGAUCUGAAAAUCCUGGAUGGAGGGUGGCUGUGAUUGUUUUGGGAGUUAUUCUGGGUGCAGCUCUUCUGAUUAUCCUGGUGGUAGUAGCAGUAAUGAUCCAUACAAAGAAAGUAACCAGGAAAUAUAGCAUAGGAACGUCUGAUAUUGUACGGCAAAUCAGCUAUUCCAAUAUUUAGCUAAUUCCUAUAAGACUGCAGUGUUUUUAUCUUACCAAAUAAAAGAUCAUUUAGCAGGACCUGCUUAUCUAAUCGUAUUUUAUCUGUGAAACAGAUUAUCUUGCACUUUUUGUUGUAAUCAUGAAUAUUACCUCAUAUCACAGGGCAUGUUUUAUGUUGUAGUCAGUUACAUGGAUGGGGAACUUCUUUUUCUGACUGGGAUUAAGUCGAAGUAACAGGAGAAAACAUUUAAGAGUGAUCUCCUGUCAAUGCUUGUAGGUGGGUUCAUUUGCCCAGCUGGGUACUGAGCCACACAAAAUUGAGGGAUCCCAGGUUGCAGCAACCUCCGAGCUGCUGCAGGGGAAGCCCAAACUUGAUUCAUUUCCCGUGGUGGAAUAACCUGCUUGUGUAUGGAGACUGGACCAGAAUGACGCAUUGGAGAGGUUCCUGCAUCUAGGGGAAGUUUGGAAAUAUAAAAAGGGGAAAAAAAGCUACAUAAUAUAAUUUCUUUUGUUAGGCACCAGUUGGUAGUCUUGGCUCUUGUAGACAUAU